AUGCUGCUCCACGAACGCAGUCCAGACACUUCGCCCUUCAAUGGUGCAUCUCAACGACACUACGCCUUCAACAGAUCCUAUAAUUCAGAUAUGUCCAUGCCAUCGCCCGUUUCACCAUCUCGAACAACAAAGUCCCUCCUCUUCGGUUCUCCCGCGCCCACAUCUCCCAUCCGCCAUGAACGACAACAGUCCUAUUCUCCCUCUACUUCCAUGAGCUCGGUCCCUGCACAUGUCCGUACCAACUCCCUUCAGCGACAAUCGAGCACCUCGAGCACGUUUGCCCCGAAAUUCAUCAAGUCGGAGGAAAUGAAGCAGAGUGAAGAACGCAUUUCCGCUAUCGAGGGCGAAAAUGACUUUUCUGGAAAGAGAUAUGUCUGGGUCAAGGAUCUCGAGAAAGCCUUUGUGCGAGGUUGGAUCACAGAAGACCUACCCCACGACCGUGUCAUAGUCCAGUUCGACAGUGGCGCACAGCUGGAAACACAUGUUGACGAAGUCGAUAAAGUCAACCCAGCCAAGUUUGACAAGGCUGAUGAUAUGGCGGAACUCACUCACCUCAACGAGGCCUCUGUCAUUCACAAUCUCCACACUCGAUAUCAAUCCGAUCUCAUCUACACAUACUCAGGGUUGUUCUUGGUUACCAUCAAUCCUUAUUGCCCUCUUCCCAUAUAUGGCAAUGACUACAUACGGAUGUACAAGGGCCAGGCCAGAGAAGACACUCGCCCACACAUUUUCGCCGUUUCUGAUGCAGCCUUUCGUCGCUUGGUCGAAGAAGGUGAAAACCAAAGCAUCCUCGUCACUGGUGAAUCUGGUGCUGGCAAAACUGAGAAUACAAAGAAGGUCAUUCAGUAUCUGGCCGCUGUCGCCACUUCUGAUUUCGACACUCCAAUCACAGGGAGAACACCAGGAAAGCAGCUUUCGAAUCUCUCACAACAGAUCCUGCGAGCAAAUCCAAUUCUUGAGUCCUUUGGUAAUGCUCAGACGGUCCGGAACAAUAACUCGUCUCGAUUCGGCAAAUUUAUCAGGAUUCAGUUUACCCGCUCUGGUCAAAUCGCCGGGGCGUUUAUUGAUUGGUACCUUCUGGAAAAGUCGAGGGUUGUCAGAGUGAGCCAGCAGGAGCGAAGCUACCACAUUUUCUACCAAUUGCUUGCCGGGGCCGAUAAGCGUAUGCGUGAUGCCCUCCUCAUUUCCGGAAUGGACGUUGAGAAUUUUGGGUACACAAGGAUGGGCAAUGAUACAAUUGGUGGAGUGUCAGACUGUGAUGAGUGGAAUCUGCUCAUAGAAGCAUUCCAUGUCAUGAACUUCUCUGAUAAAGAUCAAAUGGCCAUCUUUCGGACGAUUGCGGCAAUUCUUCAUCUUGGAAAUGUUGCUGUGAGGCAAGAGUCCCGCGCCGGAGAUCAGGCAUCCUUGACCGAUGAUGCGAAAGCCUCUAUUGACAAAGCCUGUAAGUUGAUGGGAGUUCAGACAGAGCCUUUCAUCAAGGGUCUUCUGCACCCAAAGGUUAAGGCCGGCCGAGAAUGGGUGGAAAAGGUUCAAACUCCGGAGCAGGUCAGAUUGGCCAUCGACGCCCUCGCCAAGGGCAUCUACGAGCGUGGCUUUGGCAAUCUAGUCUCAAAAAUCAACACGCAACUCGAUCGUGGAGGAGUCAGCAGCGACGACAGCCAAUUCAUCGGCGUGCUCGACAUUGCUGGAUUUGAAAUCUUUGAGAACAACAGCUUCGAACAGCUGUGCAUUAACUACACCAACGAAAAGCUGCAGCAGUUCUUUAACCAUUACAUGUUUGUUCUCGAACAGGAAGAAUAUGCUCGCGAGCAGAUUGAAUGGCAAUUCAUAGAUUUCGGCAAAGAUCUACAGCCCACGAUCGACCUGAUUGAAUUGCCAAACCCAAUCGGCAUCUUUUCUUGUCUAGAUGAGGAUUCCGUUAUGCCAAAAGCCACGGACAAGUCCUUCACAGACAAGUUGCAUUCUCUGUGGGAGAAGAAAACUCCCAAAUACGCACCUGCGAGAACCCGGCAAGGGUUCAUCCUCACUCAUUACGCUGCAGAAGUCGAGUACUCGACUGAGGGUUGGCUUGAGAAGAACAAAGACCCUCUCAAUGACAACCUCACGAGAUUGCUUGGCGGGUCAAAGGAUGAACAUAUCGCCAACCUCUUCAGUGACUGUGUCGAAGAUCUUGACGAACCAUAUAGCCCUCGAAGUCGAGUCAAGAAAGGUCUGUUCCGGACCGUGGCUCAAAGACACAAGGAACAGCUCAGCAGCCUCAUGAGACAACUACAUUCGACCCAACCUCACUUUGUUCGCUGUAUUCUUCCAAAUCACAAGAAGAAGCCUAAGCAGUUCAAUGCGCCUUUGGUUCUGGACCAACUUCGAUGCAACGGUGUCCUGGAAGGCAUACGCAUUGCUCGAACAGGAUUUCCCAACCGUCUCACAUUCGCAGAAUUUCGUUCAAGAUACGAAGUCCUGUGUCAGAACAUGCCUAAAGGAUAUCUCGGUGGUCAAGAGGCUGCCCGAAUUAUGCUCGAUCGCCUCAAGAUGGAUGCAGCCAAUUAUCGGGUUGGAUUGACCAAAGUGUUCUUCCGAGCUGGUGUGCUGGCUGACCUUGAGGAGCAACGAGACAAUCUAAUCCGUGAUAUCAUGUCACGGUUUCAGUCCUUGAGUCGAGGAUUUAUGCAGCGACGGGUUGCUUUCAAACAAUUAUACCGUGCAGAGGCUACGAGAGUGAUACAGCGGAAUCUGAACGUCUACCUUGACCUACAGGCAAACCCCUGGUGGCGUCUUUUUGUUCGUAUGAAGCCAUUGUUGGGAGCUACACGAACGGCGAGUGAAGUCAAGAAGCGAGAUGAGAAAAUCGAGCAGCUAAACGCACGUCUACGGCAAGACGCUGUGGACAGGCAGAGGGCAGAGGACGAACGACGGCGCGCAGAGAUUGAAGUCCAGAGAAUCCAGAAGACACUGGAAGCUGAGCGAGAGCUUGUUCUGGAUAAGGAGGAGAUUUUCAAACGCCUCCAAUUCCGUGAGAAUGAGCUCAGUGAAAAGCUUGCAGAUGCCAUUACCGAGCAAGAAACCCUUGAAGAUCAACUUGACGCUGCAAUGGACUCGAAAAAAAAGGUGGAAGAAGAACUCGCCACACGGCGUGAGCAGGUUCUCCAGGCCGGCCAGAUCAUCACACGGUUAGAAGCUGAGAAAAAGGAAUUGCAACACAAAAUUGACAAGUUGGAGGACGAGCUCGAACAUGUAGAGAAGACGCAUUCUCAAAACGAUGGGAGACUGGAGGCUAUCAGCCAAGAAUUACGGAGCUUGAAGGGUCAGCUUGGAGUCAAAGACAGGAAGAUCUCAGAGCUGGAAUCAAAUUUGCACAACAUUGAAAGAGAAAAGGAAAGCAGAGCCGCAAGUCUUGACCAGGAGGUGCGAUCAUUACGAAGCCAAUUGUCACAACGAGAACGCAUGACCGAGGACCUCUCCAACAAACUUCAAAGGGCCGAGUCGUUACGAGAAACAGAAUCCAAGCGAAAGGCCGAAGGAUUUGAGGCCCAGAUACGGGCUCUCAAGAGCGAGUUGCUUGCAAAGGACCGUAAGAUGCAGGACAUGGAAGACAAAAUCGCCAAGAUUGACAAAGACGCUGAAAUGAAACUGGCCUCGACGUCCUCGGAGCUCGUCACCACCAAGAAACUGUUGCGAGAAGUCCAAGGUCAGAAUGACGAGCUACGCAGCCAGGUUACGACACUGUCCGCUCAGGCGUCCAAGCAUGCCGAAGCACUCCGUAGAAAGGAGGGUGAAUACUCGGCGCUGAUGGCCGAUGUGGAACAGCACGAGCGUGAGAAGCUGCGAUUGAAGAAGGAAAACGAUGCUCUCUCCGGAAGACACAGCAGCAUAGAACAACAGCACCGGAGUCUGCAAGGUGAUAUUGAGAGCAUGAAGGCACAAAGGGCACGAAUGGAGAUGGAAGCAGCCGAGGUGAGGAAGUGCUUGGAGAGAGCAAUGCCGUUUUUCACACAGCAUUUCUCUACACCAAGCUAGUUGAGUUGUAUUGGGACAGGCGCCCAAGGAUUACGGAGAACCAAGAAGUGAUGACAAUGUUGAUUUUCUGUCUUGUUUGCGUCAGAGGAUCUUGUCGAUGAGUGUAAUGUUUGGACGUUGAUGGGCCGAGUUUAUGGCGAUUCAGUCAAGACUGAACGCUGAACACCGGAGGAGUGUUUGAUCCCACUACUUAGAUGGGAGGUUUUGACUGAGGAACCGGAAGCAUUUUUUGGAAAGUGGUUCCUGGCAUGGCGAAACGGAUGGGAUGGAAAGGAUACCUUGUUACCAGCAGUCAGGACGUACAUAACACGAUGGUUAUACAAGAUUGUUUCGAUGGCUGUU